AUGACCGACAAUAAGGUCCCUCAACCGGGACCCGCCAAACUCAAGCGCAAUGCUGGCCCUGACGAGUGGCUUGAGGCCGCCAAGGACUGCAAAUACCUCUCCGAGGCCCACAUGAAGCAGCUGUGUGAGAUGGUCAAGGAGUAUAUGAUGGAGGAAUCCAAUAUUCAACCCGUAUCCACCCCCGUCACCAUCUGCGGUGAUAUCCACGGCCAGUUCUACGACUUGCUCGAGCUCUUCCGUGUCUCGGGCGGCAUGCCCGAUGGUUCGGCGCUCGAUGCACCCAAAACCUCUCCCUCCGUCAUCACAUCUGCCGACAUUGAACCCCCUUCUACCAUCACCGAUCCCAAACUCCGCAAGAAACUCCGCGGACCCAGUUCCAACACCAAGGCUGACGGCGACGAGGAGGCGGAGGAGGAGACGGAACCAAAUGCCAACCCGCACAGUCGAUCGAAUAGUCAGACAUCAGAGGCGCUUCAGCUGAAGAGCAAUUUCGUGUUUUUGGGAGAUUACGUCGAUCGUGGAUAUUUCAGUUUGGAGACGUUGACGCUAUUGCUGUGUCUUAAGGCGAAAUAUCCGGAUCGAGUUACGUUGGUACGCGGUAACCACGAAUCCCGCCAGAUUACCCAAGUCUACGGUUUCUACGAGGAAUGUUUCCAAAAGUAUGGCAGUGCUUCGGUGUGGAAAGCCUGCUGCCAGGUCUUCGAUUUCAUGACGCUGGGCGCCAUUAUCGACGGCAAGGUGCUGUGUGUACACGGUGGACUGAGUCCUGAGAUUCGAACGUUGGAUCAGGUGCGGGUUGUUGCUCGUGCUCAGGAGAUUCCUCAUGAAGGUGCUUUCUGUGACCUGGUCUGGUCGGAUCCCGAUGAUGUGGAAACGUGGGCUGUUAGUCCUCGUGGAGCAGGUUGGCUAUUCGGUGAUCGUGUUGCAGAUGAAUUCUGCCAUGUCAACGAUCUCUCUCUGAUCGCUCGCGCGCAUCAACUGGUGAACGAAGGAUACAAAUACCACUUCACCAACCAAAAUGUCGUCACCGUGUGGAGCGCACCGAACUACUGCUAUCGAUGCGGUAACCUAGCCUCGGUGUGCGAAAUUGGCGAAGACCUCAAACCCACAUUCAAGCUAUUCAGCGCCGUCAGCGACGAUCAACGGCACAUGCCCAACUCGCGGCCGGGCCGCAGCGAAUAUUUCCUGUAA